CUCACACUGUCCCGAGGAGAAUCAAAUAUUGUCAUGGCGUCGUCGUGGAGUUGUGUGUCUGAUGAUGAAAAAGACAUCGCAAGAGAAGCGUUUGCCGUGUGAACAGUCGUGAAGAGAUAAUUUGUGAAAAAUCAUCACAUUCGAUGUCCUGUGUGGCUAUAAAGUGUCUUUGGACUGAGAUUUUAAUAUAAAAUGUGAAUAAAUUCAAUUUUUCGUGAUGUUUGGAGUUCCGCCCCUGUACGAUUGCCUCUUGUAUUCGGUUGUUGGCCACCGGCAGUGAAAAUUUUCGUGUAUUUCCCACAAAAGAGUGAAUAUUGUAAAAGAAAAAAAAAUAUCAGUGCAAUUUACCAAGUAAUAUAUGUACAUACUGUACUUACAAGUUUAGGGUCAUUGGAGGCAAACUAUAUAUAACAUACAGGGAAAUGUAGGAAGAAUUUUAGUGCUUGAGUAAAAUAAUACCUGAAUUUUCGUGAAAAAGAAAAGUGUGAAGAAAUUACCAUCAAAAGAGCCUUUUUGGUUACCGAUUUUUCUUUAUAUUUGCUCUUAUGUUAUAAGUAGACCAAUCAAAAAUUUAUCACUAAACACUGUGGCCGAUUUGGUACAACCAGAAUAACCAUUAAUGUAGAUCAGACGUACAUAAAGUAAUAAUACACGUCGUGUAAUGAGAUAUACAACUAUAUAGCGAUGAUGUGAAUAAUAAUAAUAAUAAUAAUCAAUUUUUGGCAAAAAUAAUAAUUCUGAAACAAAUAGCGAAUACAAAUUAUAUGAUGUAGUGAGUUUUUUUUAAGACCCUCAAAUACUACAGCAAGAAAAUUAAAACGAGGACCAAAUAUGCAAUGAAUUGAUAACAAAUUAUAUGGCAUUGUGUGAUGUGCACAUGAAGUUGCUCAAUAUAAAUCUGUCAGUCGAACAAAUAUAUUCUUCACUGUGACAAAAAAAAGUUGGGUUUAUAGAUCUAAAAAAUCGAUGGAAGUAUUGUGCAUAGCAUAUCAGUAUCCGGUUGCUGCGAACCGGCCAAUUGACAUUGGUUACAAACAGGACAGUGAGAAUCCAAAGUGGUCACCACACACAUGUUCAAUAUGAAUUUGCUGUACCGGAAUGAAAUACCAGUUGAAAAAAAUAAAAGGGGCAUUGCAUGAAACAAAAAAAUAAUAUUAAGAACCGAAGGAGAAGUGAUCUCAAAAAAAUUGUGUUAAAGAAGCUAAAGGCAAGACGUGUCUCAUGUGUCUGACAGAGGUGACAAUGUAUGUGAAUGUGCAUGUGUGGAUUAUGUGAAAACGGUCGAAAAGUGUUCUUUUUUCACCGUCUCUCAAAAUUGUCUCUGUAAACUAUUUAAUCGUUCAUCACGGAUUACUUAAAAACGUUCCCGCAAAGGAGGACUUCUUCUCCACUCUUUCUCAAUUCACCUGAGAAAGGAAUGCUAGGCUUGACCCGUCGCGGAGUGGCUGCUGGGCCGCCAUUGAGUUUGCCUAGCACACUGGAGGACUCUGGGGCGACGUGGAAAGGUGCACCCCCAGGUCCAGAAACCCAGACGUCCGGAUCUGGGGGUGGUUUCACCCCUUCCGGUCCUAAUUCAUUUACUGGUCCCGGUUCCGUCUUUCCGUCUGCAGGCCAAGGUUCUCCAGCAAGUGGUGGGGGAGGUGGUGGAGCCGGUGGUUCUGGUGGAGCUGGUGGUGGCGGUGGUGGUGGUCAAACAGUUGGUGGUUAUCAGGGUCCUCCACCCGGCUCCAACACGCCUCAGUACACAGCUUCACCGGCACCUUCGGGUUCAUCCACACCAGGUCCUGGACCACCGCAAAAUGUCAGCGGAGCUGGUUUCCCCCCACCACCAAAUUCAGCGGGUCCCCCGUAUAAUGGACCUGGUCCAGGACCAGGCGGACCUUUUGGGUCACCAUCCGCUGGUGGUCCACAAUAUGGGAGGCCAGGUAGUUCAGGACCGGCAUUUGGUGGUGGACCACAUUUUGCCUCACCUGGAGGUCCUGGAGGCUUCGGUGGACCACCACAGUUUGGAAUGCCACCCGGUUCACCAUUCGGCCAUGGUCCCGGACAUCCCAUCGGACCAAUGGGGCCUGGUCAUAUGAUGGGAGGACCUCAACCUGUUGACCGUAUCGAUCAAGGAGCCUUAAGUGUACCUAGAAGACAUACAUCAUAUUUCAGUCAGACUGAGUAUCGGGUGCAUGAACUGAAUAAGAGGUUACAACAGAGGACAGAGGAAAGUGAUAAUUGCUGGUGGGAUUCCUUUGCCACGGAAUUUUUUGAGGAUGAUGCAACGCUUACGUUGACAUUCUGUCUCGAGGAUGGACCGAAGAGAUAUACAAUAGGCCGAACGCUGAUACCGCGAUACUUUCGAAGUAUAUUUGAAGGUGGUGUCACGGAACUCUACUUCCAUAUGAAACAUACAAAAGAAUCCUUCCACAAUACAUCAAUAACAUUAGACUGUGAACAAUGUACGAUGGUGACGCACCACGGGAAGCCUAUGUUUACCAAGGUAGCUCAGCAGAUUGUAUGCACCGAAGGGCGACUGAUAUUGGAGUUUAUGUAUGAUGACUACAUGAGAAUUAAAUCGUGGCAUAUGGCUGUAAGGGCACACAAAGAACUCAUACCGCGCAAUGUCGUGGGGAUGCACACACAUUCACCUCAACCAGAUCCUGGAAUUUUAGAGCAAUUGACAAAGAAUAUCACACGACAGGGGAUCACAAAUUCAACGUUAAACUACCUACGCUUAUGUGUUAUCCUGGAACCAAUGCAAGAGCUCAUGUCUCGCCACAAAGCGUAUGCGCUUAGUCCACGGGAUUGCCUCAAGACAACGUUAUUUCAGAAGUGGCAGCGAAUGGUUGCACCGCCGGGUAAGAGAGAAAAACUUCCAAAUCAGACCGGCAAAAAAGACACCCAAAGACCGGCAAAUAAGCGACGAAAACGAAAAGGUUCCAAUUCAGGAGGAGCAGCAAACAAUGCUCCACCCGUGCCAAGCAAAAAACGUUCCCCAGGACCAAAUUUUUCCCUAGCGUCACAGGAUGUCAUGGUAGUUGGUGAGCCAUCGCUGAUGGGUGGUGAGUUUGGUGAUGAGGACGAACGACUGAUAACAAGGCUAGAAAAUACCCAGUACGAUGCUGCAAAUUCGCUGGAACACGAUAACCAUGGUGGUUUCCAUGCCGACUCACCAAUGACGGGGCCCAAUUCGUGGAAUGUAGACCGAGGUGGACCCCAGGGGAAUACACCGUCCAGUCAGGAUUCCGAGAAGAAGAGUCCCGCCGUUUCGCAGUGACGGAUAACAAUACAAUCCACUCUCUAUCCCAGCACGAGCUAAAAAUCUUCUCCGGCCACAUUUGCCGUAUGGAGGAGAAUCUCCCUUCCGAAUUAAUUCAUGUGAGUGUCCUGUGUGUGUUUUAUUAAUUGUGUUCAAAGUUUGGAGAGAAAAGAAAAAAAAAACAAAGAAGUGGUGUCGAGCGACCCAAAAAAAUGGAGAACUUGCAUUGCAAUCAGAUAUGGAGAAAGAAAAAAAAACCCUAAGAGACAUUUUAUCAGUACACACACACAAGGUGAAAAGUGAGAGUGAAAUGAGGUUUUUUUUGUUGUAAGAAAGUGCGCAAAAAAUGGUGUUUCAGGACCCAUUUGUCCUGUUGGCACCAAAGAAGAAAAAAAAUUGAAUUACCUUCAACAUUUUUGUACAUAAAAGUAGCAAUAACCACUACACAACUCCACUUGAUGAACUUAUUUGGGGGCGCAUGAAGAAAUGCCCAUGAUGUGAAGGUGAUUGUUGGACAACACUCUUUGAGAUCAACUUGAUGGAGAGCUAUAAAAAAAAGAAAUACCUACAUAGUGAAUCUUUGAGUGUGUAUAGUGUGUAUAAAAAAAAUGUUCUUUUUGUAUUUUGAAAAAAUGCAAAGAAAACCACUGUGAGCACAAUGUGGAUUUUUUUUAAAGAAACUGUGUGACAAAGACAAUUUCUGAUAAAAACAAAAAGAAAUUAAUAGUGAAAAAAAAAAAACAUUUAGUGUCUAAUGAAGAAAAAAACCACCACAAGAAAAAAUUGUAAUUAUUUAAUUUUAUUUCUUAAAAUAAAAAAAAAACUAUUUCAUGUGAAUUACAACUUCGACAAGAACUUAAAUAGCAAGUGGUUAAAUUAAAUAGUAUAAAGUAAAUAAAUCAAGGAAAUUACUUAAUAACAAAAUUUUUAAAUAAUUAUAUCAGACAUGAGAGAAGAUAAAAAAAGUACGAUAGUUGAAUGGAAUGUGAGAAUAAAAGGAAACACAAAAAAAUGUAAGGAAAUGUGGACACUCGAAAAAUACGGCAUCAAUUUAUUUGUUUUAAAAAGAUUUACAAAAAAAGAGAAACAGUAAAACAAAACGAAAUUACUGAUUUAUCAAAAGAAAAAGAUAGAAAGAAAAUAGAAAGACCCGAAAAAAUUAUUAAGAGAGAACAAGGUAAGAAAAAAAAACAAAAGAUUAUAAAUAUUAAUUAUAAAAGAAGAAUAUUAUAAAAUACUAUAAAAAAUGAAAGAUAGUGCUUAGGUGGAAAUUGAUUGAAAUGAUGCGAGAGUUUACAAAUUUUAAUUAAAUUUGAUUAGAAAUUGUAAUAAAUUUAUAUAGACUACUCGAAUCUCUCUACAAAGUCAGUAUUUGUUGAUUAAAAAAAAAUGAGAAAAUGAAAUUGAUGAAAAAAAAAUGAAAAUCUGCGUGUAUAGAAAACCAACAUACACAAAAUUGUAAAAAAAAUAGAAAGAAAGAUGAAAAUGAACGAUAAAACACAAAAAAGGACAAAAAACAUACAAAAAUUUAAGCCAGAGAAAAGAAAUCAUUGCAAAAGAAUCCAGAAAACAUUUUUUUUGAGCACAAAUUAGAACAAACAUUUUAACAAAGAGUUAUUUCAUUGCAAAAAAAAAGUAAUUUCUUGUAUGAAAAAUUUGUGCUCUAUUGAGGAAAAUUAUAGGUAAUAAGAAUUGGGUUUCAUGCAUUUUUCUUAAUACUAAAAAAAAAGUAUUUUUAUGGUAGAAUCUGGGAGAAAAAAAACAAAUUUCUGGGAAUAUUUACUCAUCAACAGAGCACAUUUUUGAAUUACAAGGCUAUUUGCAUAAUUUUUGUUAAAAUCAUAAAAUAGCAUUUUUUUAUUGCAAUAAAAUUAAAAUAACAUUGAAUUGAAAACGAAUUUUCAAAAAAAAAAUUCAACUUAAGAACUUUAGUGAUUUUUUAAAGAGAAUAUUUGAUGCAAUUUAUUGCAAAUACGAAUAAAAUUUAGGCGAGACUUUUUCUUUAUUUUCUUUUCCAUUUGGUAUUCAUUAGAGAAGGCAUUUUUUUAAAGACCUUUUCUAUACCUACUCCUAAUGAUUAGUUGUUAAUUGAGAUGGAAAAAGAACAUUCGGGGAAAUCAUCUUUUAGAUGGAACACGUAAAUAAUUUUUUAAAAAAAGUGAAAAACUUCUUUAGUUUUUUAUUUUAAUUAUUUUCUCAAAUUCUUACGAAAUUUCUUAAUUUCUUAAAUUUCAUCAGGAUUUUUCUUCUAUAGUACUCAAUUUUUUUUGACGAAAAGAAGAGAAUCUUUAAUCCACCGAGUUAUCAAAACCCUUUAAUAUUGAUCCACCAAGAGAAAAACAUCUUUACGUUUUUUUGCUCUAGCGACUACAAUUUUUUAGAUAUCGAGUUGAAAUAAAAAGCAAUUAAACUUUUAGAGUUUACGCAUCUUUUGGCGAAAGAAGUUUUCAGAUAUCUCAGUCCAUUCAAAAGUUAUUCGCGGUUAAAAUCAUGCCUUAAUUUCCUGGCCACCCUGUAGAUGCCAAAUCUUUUAUUUUUAGUCAUUUCUUCUAAAUUAUUUUCAAGAAAGAAGGUUUUUAGGGUCAUUUUUAAACUUCUACUUCAAAAUUUAAAAUUUAUAAAUUUUUACAUACAAAACUAUUUGCAUUGGAUUCGUAUCUCAUUGUCGAUCCUCGGUGAAAAAAAAAUGAUUAUUUUAAUGAGAGAAAUGCGCAUGGGUCCAAUUUUUGAAGAAAAAAAAAUAUUCAAAAAAGCAUACACUUGUUAAAUGUAGUGUGAAGACUUCUCUCUGAAAAAAAAAAUGAAAGAACUCAGCAAUAACAUCAUUCACAUUCUCUCUGAAAAGAAGCAGAGAAGAUUUCACCCUCCCCCAAAAAAUAUUUUCAAUUCAUUGCUAUUUUUCUUUUUAUUCAUGAGAGAUAUUUUUUUGCUCAACAAUGCAUAUGAUUUCUUUUCGACCAAAAAUGCAGACUUGAAGAUUUGUAAAGAAAAGAAAAAAACUUUUAGUGAGAAGAAAAUCUUACGACAUAAAAAAAUAAGACCCCAUAAAAAUGUAAGAAGACAGAGAGGGAUAAAAAAUAGUACAGAAAAGGAAAAAAAUCACACA